UGUUUGUUUUCGACAAGGAAAUUGAUUUAAUCAACCGAUUAGUUGAAGAAUAAACAAUUAAUUGUAUUACCCGAAGUACUUGAAAAAGAGAGUAGAAUCCAAGCGAAAAUCCGAGUUCCCGAAUUCGCUGAUUUCAUUUCUCAACAUGUGAGAGUUUAAAUUGUUUUGAUAUUAUAUUUUCUUUUUUGAUUGUUCUUAAUUGUUGUUCGAUAUUAAUUGUUUCUAAACAAAUUCGAUCGUUUUGACAUUCGGAUAACAAGAUGGACGAUUUUUCAUGGGAUUCUUUGUCUGUUGAUGGAAGAAUCUUAUCAAUUAUUAGAGAUAAAUUUGGUUUCAAACAAAUGACUCCCGUUCAAAAAGCGGUCAUCCCUCUAUUCACUGGUUACAAAGAUGUUUGUUGUGAGGCUGUUACGGGUUCGGGUAAAAGUUUAGCUUUUAUUGUUUCAAUUCUUGACAUUCUAAUCAAACAAUAUCAAACUGAGUCUUUCGAUAAAUUUGCAAUUGGUGCUCUUAUCAUCAGUCCAACCAGAGAAUUAUCUUCACAAACAUUUGAUGUAUUGAAACAAUUUGUCGAUGAUCCAUCACUUUCCAAUUUUCUUAAUGCUCAACUGUUCAUCGGUGGUAAUAAUCCAAUAAUUGAUGGUGAAAAUUUCAUCGCCAAUGGAGGAAAUAUAUUCGUUGUCACCCCUGGUCGUAUGGUUGAUCUAUUGGAAAAAUAUCCACAAAUUGGUUAUAAAUUACGAAAACAUCUUCAAGUUUUGGUUAUCGAUGAAACUGAUGUUCUACUUGAUAUGGGAUUCGAUAAAGAAGUAAAUGAAAUUCUCAGUUAUUUACCUAAAUUACGACGAACUGGUUUAUUUAGUGCAACACAGACCAAACUAAUCAGUCGAUUAGUUAAAUUGGGCUUACGGAAUCCAAUUCGUGUUGAGAUUAAGGAAAAGAAAGCAAUCCAACUAGGAGACUCUGGAAUUGAAUCUAGUUUAUCUUCAGGAACCAAAUCACUUUUAAAAUCAACUGGACUCCAAAUAUCCUACCUGUCCAACAAUUAUGCUACAGUCGAAAGCAACACUCAUAAAUUGGCCUUUGUGAUACAAUUUAUCUCUCGAAAUCCAUCAUUCAAAUAUAUAUUGUUUUUCUCAACUUGUGCUCAAGUUGAUCAUUUUACUCAAGUUUUGGAAAAUUUUGGACCAACCGGAAUCACGAUUUUCAAAAUUCACCGUAAAUUAAAAGCUCGUCGUCAAAAGAUUUUCAACAAAUUUAAAUCAAUCGAAACAGGAUCCAUUCUAAUUUGUACCGAUAUAAUGAGUCGUGGUAUUGAUAUUCCUGAAAUUGAUUGGGUAAUUAACAUUGAUUUACCCAAUACAAUUCAAGAUUAUAUUCAUCGAUCAGGACGAAGUGGCCAUCAAAUUGGUACUCAGGGUAAUUCAUUGAUAAUUUGUUUACAACAUGAGAUUGAUUAUAUUACUUUAUGCCAAGAGAAAGGAAUUACUUUUACCCAAUUAAAAGUACCAACAAAGAAAGUGAUCAAAUUAGCUGAUUCAAUUUGUUCCUGGUUACGACAAUCAGCUCGAGAUAAUUGUGAUUUUUAUAUCAAUUCAAUGAAAUCCUUUGUUUCCUUUAUUCGUAAUUACUCAACUCAAAACAUUAUGUCAACCCUUUUAUUUAAAUCAAUGGACUGGAUUGACUUGGCAAAUGCUUAUGGAUUAUUGAAAGUUCCAGUUAUGCCAGAAUUGCGGAAAAAAUUAUCUAAUUGUCCAACCAAACUAUUAAGUGAACCAGGAGACAAAGAGAUUGCCCUUAACCAUCAGAGAAAUAUAUUAAAACAACGAAAUAAAAGCAAAGGUUUAUCAUCAACCAGCCAAACAACAGAACAACCAACAAUUAGCCAUAAAUCGAAGAAAAAUAUUCCAAUAACCGAACAACGGAUUAAAAUGAAGGCAACAAUUAACUCUUGUGGAUUAAGAGGGAAGAAAAAAAAACGAUUCAUUAAUCAAGUUGAAUUUGAUGAACUCGCUGAAGAUGCACGAAUGGUUAAAAAGCUAAAAAAGGGAAAAAUAAGUGCAUCAGAUUUUGAUAAACAUUUUGGAAUCGAUUAAAAACAAAUUAUUGUAUAAAAAAAAGAAAACAAAUUGUAAUUAGAAUUAA